AUGGAUGCCAUGCUCCCCCAGAUUCACUCCUUGUCUCAGAAUGCCGACCAGGCAGGUCGCAGGUCAAUUCAACGUGCCCUAAGAAGAAUUCUGCUGGAGAUUCAAGAUCCGAAAGAUAUAUUCUACCAGCUUCUGAACUCGCACGUCGAGCUGACCGUUGUCCGCCUGAGCAUGGAUCUCAAGCUCUUCGAGGCCCUUAUAAACAGUGAAUCUCCUCGCACGAUCACCAGCCUUGCAGAGCAGCUCAAGGCUGGUCCAGAUUUGCUCGGCCGGGUCCUUCGCUAUCUCGCGGCCCAAGACCUGAUCCAAGAGACCGGAGUCGAAGAAUUCACAGGGAAUGCAACGACCAAGUUCUUGGCCGACAAGGGAACCGAUGCCGUGAUCAGCCACGGGUUCCAUGUCGCAGGCCCGGUGUUACAAGUUACCCCUACCUACCUUGCAGAAACCAACUACCAAGACCUUUCCGACAAAAAUAAAACCCCGUUUCAAAAGGCCUUCAACACCGAUCUUCCUGCGUUUGCAUGGCUGGCCGAGCACCCGAAGCAUAUGGAGAACGGGCAGCAGGCAAUGGUAUCGACCCAGUCGGGCGAAUGGGUGCAAGGCUUUGACCUCAUGGACGACGCGGCCACUACUUUCAUAAAGUCUCGACAGCCCUCGUCGGAUAGGCCAUUCUUCGUCGACGUAGGCGGCAGCUACGGACACCAGACUGUCCAUCUUAGGGACAGACACCCCGGCCUGAGCGGUAGUCUGAUUCUUCAAGACCUGCCGCAGGUCGUCGAGCAGGCUCCCAAACUCGACGGGAUCAAGGCGAUGGCUCAGGAUAUCUUCACUCCUCAGGCCGUUGAAGGCGCUCGAUUCUACUACAUCAGUCGCGUCCUGCAUGACUACCCAGACAACUCAUGUGUCCAGAUCCUGCGGAACCUAGUCCCCGCGAUGGCGAGCGAUUCCCGGAUUCUCGUCGACGAGACGGUCCUACCCGAUACCAACGUUACUUGGCAAGCGGCCAUGGGCGAUCUGUACAUGAUGCUCAUGGCGGGUGGAAAGGAGCGUUCGGAGAGGCAGUGGAGGAGUCUGGCUGGUAGUGCAGGGCUCCGGGUUACUCAUCUGCAUGUUUAUGAUUCUUCGCAGCAUCGGGCGAUUCUUGUUCUUGAGAAAGAGUGA